UGUGGAAUUAGUAAUAAGUUUAAGCCUCCAUGGCCACUAGAGCAUUUGCUUUUCAUAGCAGCUACGGUGAUCCCCACCUGGCGCGUGGUUCCAACUCGCGGAUCUUUGCCUGAUGUCUCAUUCAAGGAGGUUUGGAAGCGAAAGUUAGCAGUGUCAAGCCCGAGGAGGGUGGUUGCGCGGCCCCGCGCGGCUACGGCGUUAGAGCUGCUAAGGAUUUGCAGAGACCUGCAGGGGAGUUUCGAGAAGGUGGAAGUACCGUUGUUGAUUGUACACGGCGCCGAUGAUGUGGUGUGCGACCCUGCGUGCGUGGAGGAGCUGCAUCGACGCGCAGCUAGUAGGGACAAAACUUUAAAAAUUUACCCAGGAAUGUGGCACCAAAUAGUGGGUGAACCAGAGGAGAACGUGAAUUUAGUGUACGGGGAUGUAGUGGAGUGGCUUAAAACCCGAGCUGAACGAGCAAAAAAGGGUGGGGAUGCUUCACGCGCCGCGGUUGAAGGUGGAGGUGUGUGAUUGUUACAGGGACUCCGCCGGCUGGAACCAACGUUACAGGCAGAAGUGGUCGUGGAAGCUCAGGCCAGGGAACAUAUGGCCAGCGGUUGACGAGAAGGACGUGGUGGUGUUGACGGACAACAACUUUAGCGAUUUCGUUGCUGAAAAUCAUUACGUGAUGAUAAAUUUUUAUCUGCAUGAGUGCAAAUGGUGUCGGAAAUUGGCACCGGAAUAUGCUGCGGCGGCUACUAUGUUGAAGGGUAAGGCCGUUCUUGCAAAAAUCGAUUCUGAAGAGAGAGAGUUGGCCGUGAAGUUCAACGUUGAUGGGUGGCCCACUUUGUAUUUGUUGAUUGGUGGUGGAUCUCACAAGAUUCUUUAUGACUCUAAUCGGACCAGGGACGCUAUUGUUAACUGGGUGAAUCGGAUAACAAACAUCUCUGUUCAAAAUGUGACCACAAUCGAAGAGGCAGAAACUAUACUAUUACAAGCAAAAUCUAACACAGUUUUGGGAAUGCUGGACUCUUUAGAGGGCGAAGAUAGCGAGGAGCUUGCUGCGAUAUCAAAAGUGCAUGUUGAUGUGAAGUUUUAUCAAACUAAUGUUGAUGUUGGCAACUUGUUCUCCCACCAAAUCAAACGCCCUUCUCUUGUUCUGCUCAAAAGGGAGGGUCUUACUCCUACCUACUUUGCCUAUGAAGGUCAAUUUACAAGAUUGGCGAUGGGUGAGUUUGUCUCCAAGCAUAAGCUUCCUUCAGUAAUCCCUUUUACUCUAGACAAUGCUCAAAGAAUUUAUAAUAAUCCCAUAAAGCAGUUGUGGCUUUUUGCUCCACAACAAUUCCAGGAUGUUAUAUCCAUAUUUGAAGAGGUAGAAAAAGCAUUCAAAGGAAAGCUUCUCUUUGUCCAUGUGGAAACUAGCAAAAAAGAAUCUUAUAUAAGAAACAUUUGCAAUCAAUUUGGCAUAACUGAAGUUUUUCCAACAGUAGUAGCUUGUCAUAAAGCAGAUUUUGGCACCAAAAAGUUUAAAUAUGAUGGUGAAUUCAGCUUGAGCGGCAUCAAGUCAUUUGCAGAGGAUUUUCUCGCAGACAAGUUUCUGGGUAAAUUAGCAGCAGCUGCUACGUGAAGUCAGUCCUGUGAUGCAAUAAUCUCACGUCCUUAAGGGGCUACUCUUUUUUUUUUUUUCGGAAAUAAGGCACUACAAAUUUUAGAUGAAUUUGAUUUAUACCAUGAAAUAUUUUUUUUUGAAUAUUACACGCUCGUGUCUCUAAUCCAAGUCCCACUAACCUUCAUGCAUAUUAUAUUUUUCAAUGAUCAUAAGCACCGAUAUUAGCAAUAACCUUUGAUUUAUUAUUGAUAGUUCUAGUUUUUUUAUAUUUUUAGAAACUCAUGAAAAAUAUUCAUAAAUUUCAAUUUCAUAAAAUAUUUUUUCCAUCCA